ACCAUUUUAGGAAGCCUUUUCCUCAUUGGUUUGGCCGGAAAGGCAAGGAAUGUGUUUACAUUUGUGAAAGCCAGAAGCUGUUGAACUCUGCUCUAUAUCACUGCAGUCCUCCACGGAUUUAUGUUCUCUUACAGAAUAAGACUUGUUUAUUCUAGAGAAAAGUGUACGGUUUUGUCCGCUGACCGCAUGUGAUCUUCUAAUACAUGCCUUAAGAGUAAAGACUUAUACUCAGGGUUUCUACAGCUACUGUACGCAUUACCAGAGAGUUCAGUGAGGGUUUCCACCAUGUUGGAGGCGUUAGUCUGUCUGGUGGGACAGUGGAUCGAUACCAAGGGGGUCCUCCUGUUCCUCUUGGUUCUGUUGGUGACCAAGUACAUCCAUGAUCUGCCUCCUAAGAACUACCCACCAGGCCCCUUCCCCCUGCCUUUUGUUGGGAAUAUGCUGAAUAUCAGCAUCAAGGACUACAUAGGCUCCUUUAAAAAGUUUGUAGAGAGCUACGGGGAUGUGACUACACUAGACCUGGGUGGAGGGAACCGCUGUGUGCUCCUCUCAGGUCUCCGAGGCUUUAAGGAAGCCUUUGUGGAUCAGGCCGACACCUUCACCGAUAGGCCAUCUUACCCCCUGAACGACAGGAUAAGCAGAGGCUUGGGCCUGAUCUCCUCUAACGGUCACAUGUGGCGGCAGCAGAGGCGCUUUGCCGUGUCCACGCUCAAAUACUUUGGAGUGGGAAAGAAGACCCUGGAGACCUCCAUCCUGCAGGAGAGCCACUUCCUGUGUGAUGUCUACUUGGCAGAGAGAGGCCUGCCCUUUAACCCUGAAGACGUCACCAACAAUGCAGUGGCCAACAUCCUGUGCACCCUGGUGUUUGGUUGUAGGUUUGAAUACAAUGACCACCACUUCCACCACAUGCUGAAAUGCUCCGAGGACGUUUUCCAGCUGCCUGCUACCUUCUGUGGACGGAUGUAUAAUCAGUUUCCCACACUGCUGCACUAUUUGCCUGGGAAGCACCAAUCAGCCUUCAUCAACCUUGGUACCAUAAAGCAGUUUAUCAGAGAGGAAGUAGAGAAACAUAAAGAGGACAGGAACCCAUCCAACCCCAGAGACUACAUAGACUGUUACCUGGAAGAGAUAGAGAAGAAUCAGGAUGGGGCGGCUGGCUUCACUGAGGAGAACCUGCUGCACUGCGUGGUGGAUCUGUUUGGGGCCGGGACAGAAACAACGUCCAACACCCUUCUCUGGGCAAUGCUGUACAUGGCCAAGUACCCCGACAUUCAAAAGAAGGUGCAAGCGGAGAUCGAUGAGGUCAUAGGUUCGGCACGCCAGCCCUCAAUGGACGACCGAGCCAACAUGCCGUAUACCUAUGCUGUGAUCCAUGAGAUCCAGAGGUUUGGGAACAUUGUCCCCUUAACGCCUCCCAGAGUGGCCAAUAAGGACACCACCGUGGCGGGGUAUCUAGUGCCCAAGGGAAUGAUGGUGUUUCCAAUGUUAAAACCAAUCCUACAGGACAGAAAUGAGUAUGCAACCCCUGAUCUGUUCAAUCCUGGACAUUUCCUGGAUAAAAAUGGAAAAUUUGUCAAAAAAGACAAUUUUAUCCCAUUUUCUAUAGGUAAGAGGAUGUGUCCAGGGGAGCAGCUGGCCAGGAUGGAGCUGUUUCUGUUCUUCACCUUUCUGCUCCAGAGGUUCACCUUCACACCUCCACAGGGCUGGGAGCUGGGCCUGGAGGGCCAGGUGGGCAUCACCAGUAGACCAAAGCCCUUCAAAAUCUGUGCCUUGCCUCGAUGAGACACCUUGGGUGAAUCUCUAUUGUAUUUUGUUGAUUCCUUGUCUUCUGUCCCCUUGCCUCCUUCUCAAAAUACAUUGGAGGAGAAGAUCUGAGGGGAGGAACCUCAGAUCUUUUGCUCCAAUGUGCCUUGAGAAGGAGACGAGGAGGGAGGAUGUGAGGAAUCAAGGAAAUACGAUUGAUAUGAAUUCCUUGUGCUUUGUGUAGGACUAGGCCCUGCAUGAACUGGUUGAUGAAGGUGAAUAGCAUUGUUUGUCAAACCUGAAUUCCAGCAUACAGCUGGUGCAUCAUGACGUUGAUAUUGUAAGAGUGGUGUAUUAGAAUUGCAUUCAAAUUCUUUCUUAAUUUUCUUUUACUGGAAAUGAUAUUUUUGGAAGACAUUGUACACAAAAUGUGUUUACUUUACUUAUUUACUUUCCUGAAAACAAAACACAGCAAUUUUUUUUUGCUUGAACAUACUCUGCUCCUGUAAGGUGCCAGGUAAAGUCAAAAUAGCACCUCGACGAUAUAUAAUCAGAGUUCAGAAUAUAGUUCAAAGGUCAGUCAAGGCAAGUCCUUUUUAUCUAUACUUAGCUUAAUCAUACUUAUUUCAUAUCUUCUGCAAUACUGUAUAUCUCAAAUGAACACAUGAAUGAAAAGCAGUCUCUCCAUUUCAUAAAUCAACAAUAACAAUAAAAAUAAUCCCAUUCAUUCA